UGUUGGAGGCCAGCCUGGGCUACAGAGUAAGUUCAAGACCAGCCUGAACUACAUAGCACGACCCUGUCUCAAGCAAACGAAUAAACAAAAAAGUCUUUGGAAAUAUCUCUAAAUGUUUGUAGUGGCGUAUAAACAGCUAAAGAGAAGUUGACUUCAGUGUAACUAAUUGAAUCAUUGAGGCAGAUUUCUGUGUGUCCUCAGACUUUAUCCAGAAGUUGAAGAGUCUUUUUUUGAAUUUAAGAAUCGUGUGUGUGUUUAAUACAAAGAUGAUCUUUCAAUUUAAUUUCAAUAUAGAAGACCAUGUAGAAAAUGAAUUAACACCCCCUGAAGAUGGAGCUUUGACUCUGAGUCCCUCAAAAGUGUCGUCCGCCUCAGAAAGUCAAAAACAAAAACAGAAGGAGAGGAAACAUCCUAUGGAACAGUCUGACCUGCCUUCGGAGCAUUUGUGGGAGUACAGGGCAAUGGGAAAUGUAGCUCCCUCCCAAGACGCUGACAGCCCAAUCAGUACAGCCAAAGGUUCGAGGAACUUGGACCCAGAUGAAAAACAGCCCCGCCUGGCAGUUGCCAAAGAGCAUGCUCUGCCUGAAGAUUUAAAGAAAGUGUUAGAAAACAAAGUCAUAGAAUUGUUACCGGGUCUUCAGCAUGUUAACAUAUCAGUAGUGAAAACUAUCUGGUCGAGGGAAAACUUCCCUGGAGAAAACAUAAUUUCCAAAAGCUUGUCUUCUCACUCUGAUCUGAUUACAGGUGUUUAUGAAGGAGGCUUAAAAAUCUGGGAAUGUACCUUUGACCUCCUGACUUAUUUCACAAAGGCCAAAGUGAAAUUUGCUGGGAAGAAAGUGUUAGAUCUCGGCUGCGGAUCAGGGUUGCUGGGUAUAACCGCAUUCAAGGGAGGGGCCAAAGAAAUUCAUUUUCAAGAUUAUAACAGUUUGGUGAUUGAUGAAGUAACUUUACCUAAUGUAGUGGCUAACUGCUCUUUGGAAGAUGAGGAAAAUGAUGCAGAUGAACCAGAUGUGAAAAAAUGCAGGAAGUCGAAAGUAGCACAAGAACUAUGUAAAUGUCGGUUCUUUUCUGGAGAGUGGUCUGAGUUUUGUAAGCUUAUGUUAAACAGCGAAAAUCUCUUUGUAAAAUAUGAUCUCAUUCUUACCUCAGAAACCAUUUAUAAUCCGGAUUAUUACAGUACUUUGCACCAAACAUUCCUUAGUCUAUUGAGUAAGGGUGGACGGGUGCUUUUGGCCAGCAAAGCACAUUAUUUUGGUGUUGGUGGCGGUGUUCAUCUUUUUCAGAAGUUUGUAGAAGAAAAGGAUAUAUUUGAGACUAAGACACUUGAAAUAAUUGAUGAAGGACUAAAGAGGUUCCUACUUGAAAUAACUUUUAAGUACCCUAGUUAAUAUUCAGUGAAAGUCCUAAACGAAAUAAACAGAAUGACCAAAA